CAUUCUCUCUCUUCACCGUCCACUACUUCCUUCAUGAUAUUUUGUACUUUCUUUAUCUGCUGUAUAUAUAAAAGUGAAUCCACAUAUUUGCCUGAGAACUGUUCCCACUCUCUCAUCUCAACACUAUCACUAUACCUUUUUCUUUUUCUCUUUUUUGUUUCUGUUUUCAUCAAUGGCAGACCCUUAUUCUAAUUUUUUCUCAUCAAAUUUCUUUCAAUUCAAUAAUAAUAAUAAUUCAACACACCAUUUCCCUUCUUCAAACCCUUCACCCCACCACCAUCAUCCUAAUUAUCUUCACAAUUUCAUCAACCACACAACUUUUAACAACACUAACACCAACAACACCAACACUUUUUUCCACUACCAUCAUCAUCUUCACCAUCUUCAAUCUACACCAUCUUCUUCAUAUUCUUCAUCUUCACCUUCUUCCCCUCCUUUAAAAGAAGCUCUUCCACUUUUGAGUCUAAUCCCUACAAAACAAGAAGAAUAUGAUGUCUUGGAACAACAUCAUCAUCUUCAUCAAAUUCAUCAUGAUGAAACUUGCACUUCAAUGGAAGUGGAGGAUUGUAGGUAUAAUAAUAAUAAUAAUAAUAAAGUAGAGAAAAAAGAUGAUGAUGAUGAUGAUGAAAGUGUGACUGUUGCACUUCAUAUAGGGUUACCAAACCCUAGUGCUGCUGAGAUAGCAACUAUGAUGAUGUCUUCUUCAUCUUCUGAGAUGAUGAAUAAUGAAAGAGAUAAUCAAUUAUUACAAGGAGAUGUUAUAAGUGAGGAUUCUUGUUCAGCUGGUUUGUUGAGUAGUAAUAGAUCACAAAUCAAUAAGGGUCAGUAUUGGAUCCCUACACCUUCUCAGAUUCUCAUUGGUCCUACACAGUUCUCUUGUCCUGUUUGCUUCAAAACCUUCAACAGAUACAAUAACAUGCAGAUGCAUAUGUGGGGACAUGGAUCACAAUACAGAAAAGGUCCGGAAUCUCUGCGAGGUACACAACCUACAGGUAUGCUGAGGCUUCCAUGUUAUUGUUGUUCACCAGGUUGCAGGAACAACAUCGAUCAUCCAAGAGCGAAGCCGUUGAAAGAUUUCAGAACACUUCAAACACAUUACAAAAGAAAACAUGGAAUUAAGCCUUUUAUGUGUAGAAAAUGCGGUAAGGCUUUCGCUGUUAGAGGAGAUUGGAGAACUCAUGAGAAGAAUUGUGGGAAGCUUUGGUAUUGUUUAUGUGGUUCUGAUUUUAAGCAUAAGAGAUCACUAAAGGAUCAUAUAAGAGCUUUUGGAAGUGGUCAUGCUGCUUAUGGAAUCAAUGGUUUUGAAGAAGAGGAUGAACCUGCUUCUGAAGUUGAACAAGAUAAUGACUCCACUCAGACUCAGUAGCAACAGGAAGAACUAUAUAUAUAUGGUUUGAAAUUUUAAUUAAUGUAAGUGAAAUAUGUUAUAUAAUUCUUAAUGAAUUUGUUAAAUUAUUAUGAUGGAUAUAUAUAAGAAUUAACCAUGUUUAAAUGGAGGCCAAUAUUUUCCUUCUAUCA